CCUCGUCGUCGGGGGCCGAUAAUAGCGCGACUGGUGUGUGCGAGACCGACUGCUCGACAGUACAAAGUUCGCCAGCUACAAGGGAGGUUUACCUAUUACACCUACUUGUACCCGACCAACUUGUAGCACGCGAACAGAGAGAGAGAGAGAGAGAGAGAAGAGAAAAGAGAAGCAGCUGAGCACUGCUGGUGUCUCUGCGGCCUAACGGUAUGUAGAGCUUCUUCGAUACUGUGUGCCUAUCUACUCCAGCAGUGCUCGGCCGUCCCGCGCCCGAUAUUUAUUCAACAAGUGCGCGCCUUCUGUAUACGUUACGCCGCUACCGCUCGACGCCAGCGAGCUUUAUAUCAUAUAUACGAUCCACCUGCAGUGCGAUUUUAUUUCCGCGAGCGGGGCUCUUUCAUAUUCUCCCGAAGCAGGCCAGCAUCCAAGGAAAAGCGCCGAGACUGUCAGCCCGAGGGAAGCAAUGGGCUCGGCGACGACGAGGAGCCGCAGCACGAGGAGCGGCAGCGGCCGCAACAGGCAGCAGAGCAGCAAAACCAGCGGCAGAUCGGGCAGCGGGAGCAACGCCAAGGAGCGCACCCAGCGCAGGCUCGAGAGCAACGAGCGCGAGCGUAUGCGUAUGCACGAUCUCAACGACGCGUUCCAGUCGUUGCGCGAAGUCAUACCGCACGUGGCGUGCGAGCGGCGCCUAUCCAAGAUCGAGACUCUGACGCUGGCCAAGAACUACAUCGUGGCGUUGGUCGAGCGGAUCACCACCACGAGCGUCGACUCGGUGAACCAGGAAAUGUCCGGCCAGGACCAAACGCAGCUCUUGGGCCACGACGACGACGACGUCGACGAGCGAGCUCCGCAACACGAGUACAACUUGGACGCAUCGCCCCGUGCCAAUGAGUCGGACGGCUGCGCGACCCUCGGCAGCGGUUACUCGAGCUCGUCGCCGCCUAGCCCGCCGCCUUCGUCUUUGCUGAUGUCCUCGUCUACGUCGUCGUCGCUCCAGCAGCAGCUCCGCAACCGACGCUCCCUAGCCGCGGCCUGGGACACGUCGAGCGGCAGCGACUCUCGAUCGAGCUUCGGCACCGGACUCUGAGGCAUCGUCCGCGGGACGCGAUCCUCUGCGAGGCGCAUCGACCUCCGGACCAACGACCAUCGUCGUCCACCGGCGGCGCGUCAACCACCCGCGACAGUACCUGACUGACAAGCCCUUAAUGCAAACUCCAAUACAUGAUAUGCAUGCUUUGUAUAUCUUAUAUAACAUAUGUACUGUAUAGAAUUAUUAGUAAAUAUGUAUACAAUACAUAUGACAACAGCAGUAUACAUAAAUUUAACCGUUACGAAACGUAUAAAUAUAUAUUUAUGCACUCAUCGAUGUAUUGUGUGCGCGAGGGAGAGAGGU